UUUUUUUUUACUUUUUUUUUAUUAUUAUUAUCCGUUUUUGACUGAUCGGGCAAAUGGAAAAUCCACAUGAACAGCAACAGAGCUUUUUACUAGCAAGAAUUGUUGCAAAUAUUAACAAGCUUAAUCAAUCAAUGACUGAGCUUAACAAUAAACUUGAGAAUGUGAAUAAAUACAACGGUGACAUUGCACUUAUUGGUCACAUGUGGUCUGCUUACGAUGACUCUGUUCGUAUUCAUAUUGAGAAUACCAAAAACUAUCCCAAUCAAUAUAAGAUUAGACAGACAAUGAAGGAAUGAAUUAUUUAUACAUGUAUACAUUUAUAAAUACACGCCUAUAUAUACCCCUUUUGCAUGACAUUCUUGCUAUGCACUUACUAAUGAUAAAUAUAAUAGUACAUUAUUUUUGAAUAAAAAGAAAUACGUCGUCACGUAAAUUUUAAACACGUAAAUUUUUAAUUUUCACAUUUUACUUUUGCUUUUUAAUU